AUGGCUCGAAAAAAGAGCGCGGCGAUCAAGUCGAGUGGUGUGACGUCGUCCAAGGCGGCGCCGCUACCUGACUGGGUUAAAGGCGGAGGGCCAAAGCCUCCGCCAACGACCGCCACGCGUGAUGAUGGGAGCCAGCAGCUCUUUCCGCCUGGCUCAAAGACGCCGCUCAAUCUCAUGUAUGAGAAGAUUCAAAAAAUGCCUGGGUUUGAGAAGCCGGACGUGCAUCCUCGUCAUAACAAAGACGGAUUUUCGUGCGUGAUUACCUUGCGAAAGGUCAACAAGCAGGACAAGUCGAACCCGCAUACCCUGCGCAUGGAGCCGCUAGAAGAAGGCGCACGGCUCAAGUGCGCCUCGGCGCUCGAAGCCAAGCACUGGGCAGCAACCUAUGUGCUCUUUCGCAUGUUUAACCACCUGAGCAUGAACCGCAUGCUGCCGGCUGGGCCGCGCGAGUACUGGGCCGAGCUCGAAAAGGUCAAGGCGGCCUCGGCGCCGCACGAAAGCUACAAGUGGGAGCCGGAUCCUUUCGAGGCCAUGCAGAAGCGCGACGCGGAGCGCGAGGCCAGGAAGAAGGAGCGCGAGGUCAAAGAGGCCGAGCGCAACGACCCGACCAAGCGGCCUAUGAGCAAGGCGUGGCAUCGCGCGCUCGAAGUGCGCAUGGCGCCGGCGCUACGUGAGCUUGUCGAGGCCACCAUCCGCACACGGAUGGGAGACGUACAGGAAGACACGCUUGUCGAGGCUACGGCGCAGAUCUCAAUGGAUGCGCCGGCGCUCGACAAGCCGGCGCUCGAGCGCGACUUGACCAAGCUAGGCGUACGCGCUGGCUAUAUCCAGCGCGUGAUAGAGUGGCUGGGCAAUGCGCGCGCCAAGAGCGGCGACCGUGCUGCGCUGGCCGAGCUGCAGCGUGCUAACCCCCUUCUUUCGUCGAUCCUUUCGCUGCCGAACCGCGAAGCGGCAAUCGAGUACCUUGUGCUGUAUACCCCUGAGCAGGACCUCCCUCCUGCGCUCCGUCCGACCGCCGCAGCCGAGUCGUUUGUGACGAGUGCUGCCAAAGGCGGCGACCAGGAGAGCCUCGUAGACCGCUGGACGCUCGACAAACUCGUCAAGGUCGCCGGAUUCCCCCAGGCCGCCGCGGCCGAGGCACUGCGGAGCGUGCGUGCCGCAAGCGACGCAUGGUCGAUUCCCGAUCGCGAAGGCGCCGCGCUCGAUGUCCUGCUGCGCAGGCUGGUCGGUCUAGAGAGCGAUCUCGAUACAGCAGUCGCGAGUAUCGCAUCGCCGAGCGAGGAAACGGCGCAGCGCCGUGCCGACGAGCAAAGCGUGCUGGCCGCAUGCAUUGACAAGGUGACGCCUGUGCCGGAGCGCGAGCGCAUUACGCCCGAGGAUAUCGAGAUGCCCCUCGGGACGCACGACGGAGGUCAGGUGGCCCUCCGCUUUGUUGGCCACCAGGCGUCUGCCUACCUCGCCGGCGGCGCAGCAUUCCCGACCGUGUAUGUUACCGGUACCUCGCUGCCUGCCUUUCUGCGCCUCGCACUGACGCGCCACGCCAUGCAGUGCCUUGCGGAUGCCGACAAGCGUGGCGAUAUUUACGAUGCUUUGCAGGGUGGCGAGAGCGGUGUACUCUACCUCGUGUGGGAAGAGCUGCAUACCGUGCUGCAGGACAUGCUCGACAACCCCCCGCCCCUCGACGAGGUAAUGGCCCACUUGGUCGCGCCGAAGGAGGCGCCGAGCGACGCGCCAGCCCGGACUACCUCGGCGCCGCGCACCAAGGCUCCGGCUAUCCGCAAGAUGCGUGCCCUUGCGCGCGACGGGUCCGUCGACACCGCGCUGCAGUCGCAGCUGUCGUCGCUGCAUGCUUCGCUCAAGUACCAGGAGAGCAUCGGGCCAGUACGCGAGUCGCUUCCGGCGUACCAAGCUCGCAAGACGCUUCUAGCUGCCGUUGAGAAGCACCGUGUGGUCCUGGUCGCUGGUGAAACGGGUUGUGGUAAGACGACUCAAGUGCCCCAGUUCCUCUUGGACGAUGCUAUCCAGGAUGGGCGCGGAAGUGUGUGCAGCAUUGUCAUUACGCAGCCUCGUCGUGUGUCUGCGAUGGGUGUCGCGGCGCGUGUCGCGUCCGAGCGUGGUGAGUCGCUCGACAAGGAAGUCGGUGAGUCGGCUACGGUCGGCUAUGCGAUCCGUGGCGAGCGCCGUGCAUCGCGUAACUGCCGCCUGCUUUUCUCCACAACCGGUGUGCUGCUGCGCCGCCUUGCGACCGGCAGCGAUCCAGCGCUGGAGAGUGUGUCGCAUGUGAUUGUCGACGAGGUGCACGAGCGCAGCACCGACUCGGACUUUUUGCUGCUGCUCCUUCGUGACGUCCUUAAGGUGAACCCAAAGCUCAAGGUGAUUCUGAUGAGUGCGACAAUCAACCCCGAGACGUUUAUCGAGUACUUUGGCGGUGCGCCGUACAUGCACAUUCCGGGCCGCACGUUCCCUGUGCAAGAGCACUAUCUCGAGGAUGUCGUGCGCCUCGCGCAGUACAAAAGUGCAGCGCCGCAUACCACGCCGAAUCCCAAGGUUGACCGGUACAUUACGAUGGACAACCUGCCCGAGGACCUCGUGCCGAGCGCGCGCCAGCUUGUCGCUUCGAACCGCAUCGACUACGAGUUCCUCGCGCAGACUGUGCUGCUGGCUGUGCGCCGCGCGGAAAAGGUCGACUAUACCGGAACGCUGCACGGCCGUGCGGCGAUCCUCGUCUUUUGCCCAGGUGUGGGCGAGAUUCGACGUGCGAUGGACGCGAUUGCCGCACAGCACAUUGAUGGCGCUGUUAUUCUCCCGCUCCAUGCGAACCUUGCGCCCAGCGAGCAGCGGCGUGUCUUCCAGUCGGUCGGCCGCAACGAGCGAAAAAUUGUCGUGUCGACGAACGUCGCGGAGACGUCGAUUACGAUCCCCGAGAUUUGCUACGUGGUGGAUACGGGCCGCGUGCGCGAGGCGCAGUACGAUGCACAAGCGAGUAUCACGCGUCUGCAAGAAACGUGGGCGUCGCGCGCGGCAUGCAAGCAGCGUGCGGGUCGUGCAGGCCGUACCAUGGCCGGCGAGUGCUUUAAGCUGUACUCGCACGGCAUCGAGGAGCAUGUCCAGCGCCCCCAGUCCAUUCCCGAGAUGCAGCGCACGCCGCUCGAAGGUGUCGUCCUCCAGGUAAAGUCGAUUCAGCCGGAUGGCGACGUCAAAACGUUCCUCGAGCGAGCCAUCGAUCCGCCGCCGAUGGAAGCGCUUGCGGCGACGCACCAGAAACUGGUCCUUUCCGGCGCGAUCGAAGCGCAAAAAGGGUACUCGGCGCGACUCACACCGCUGGGGCGCCACUUGUCCAAUCUCCCGCUCGAUGUGCGCGAAGGAAAGAUGCUCGUGCUCGGCUCGCUCUUUGGGUGUGUUGAGCCAAUCUUGCACAUUGUCGCGCUUCUCGCCAGCCGUUCGAUCGUGGCGGCAGCUGCGCAGCGCGACGAGGAGGCCCAAAAAGCGCGUGCCGCCUACGUGAUCGGCAAUAGCGACCUGCUUACCGACGCAAACCUAUACGCAACGUACCUCGGCUACCGCCGCGACCGCCGCCCGAUGCGCGAGAUCAAGGCGUGGUGCGAGCAGCUUGGCCUGUCGAUUUCGAGUCUGCAGGACAUUGAAAUGACGCGCACGACGAUCCUGCGCAGCCUCGAGGAGCUGCGGCUGGUCGACAGUGCAUACGUCAAAGCCUGGCGUACGGACGGCCCGUCGUGGCCGCACAAGCCUGGCCGCCAUGCGCUGGACGCGAACGCGACGAACCUGAACCUGCUGCGUGCGCUCCUCGUUGCCUCGCUCUGGCCCUCGGUCGCACGGGUAGACCAGCCCUCGGCAAAGUACAAUGCUUCGUCAUCCGGCGCCGUGCUCAAAGAGGCAAUGGCCAAAGAGGUGCACUACUUUGACGAGCACGACGGCCGCGUCUUUUUGCACCCUGGCUCGGUGCUCUUCCACGCGACGCGCUACAAGUCGAACUAUGUGGCGGUGUGCAACAAGAGUGCGAAUGCAACGACCAACAAGACGUACCUGCGCGACGCGACCGAGGCGCCGCUCUAUGCGCUGCUCCUCUUUGGUGGGCCGAUGUACGUCGACCACAACAUGGGCGGCCUGACGAUCUCUACGAACGGCGUGGCCGGCCCCGAUGCGUGGAUCAAAAUGCGCGCGAGCGCACGUAUCGGUGUGCUGUGCCGCCAGCUGCGCCAGCUGCUGAAUAUGACGCUCGAGGGAGGUGUCGAGGACCCCCAGCACCUCUUGUCGGCAGAAAGCCAGCAGGUCGUAAAGGCGAUGAUUGCGCUGGUAACGCAGGAUGGGUUGGAGUAG